AUGCCCCGAUGUGAAGAAGUUGGCGAGUCCAUGCCGGACAUUGCCGGUAUUGGAAUUCUCGUGGGCUUCAUUGCUCAAGCGUUUCUAUCCCUUGUGCUGUCAGCAUGGGUAUUCUUCCUCUCGAAGCAUGGAGACCUCGAAUUGAAGCAUCAAGAAGGAUCGCUGGAGCACAUGAUUGAGAGCAAGAGGCUCGAGUUCGUCAGUGACGUUCUGAUGGUGGGCAAUGAUAUCCAGAUGCUUACAGGGAUUGCAUAUAUGGUAACGGCAUUCACGUUCGUCAAGACCAUAGACCUGUAUCAUUUGCAUUUGAUGUAUGAUACAGUCAGCUUUGUCGGCGUGUCCAGCGCGGCAGCUCUCGUAUGCUGGUCCUUCUGCGCAGCCAAGAUCAAGAGCAUCAGCUCCAAGUAUCCGCCCCGCCACCCGACCAAGGUGCCUCGCAUCUCGCGCUGGUCGCCCAAGCACAGGGUGACCUACGUCUUUGCGAUUCUCUUCCUCGCCCUGACCAUCCUGCUCGAGGUCCGUCUCAACGAGUGGAGCGACUCCGAGAACUCUGAAGAGCCCAAGCCUGGCAGGUGCUACUACACAAACGGCACCAGCACUCCCUCCGCCGGCCAUCCCUGGACGGACAAGACGUACGUCGGCAUCACGGCGGGCUGGCUGCUUCUCGUAAUGGCGUCGGCCAUCUUCGGACGGUCGGAACGCCGUAAGAUCAUCCUCAUUCUCGCGUUUCUGCAGUUCCCUGUACACUUGUACAUGACGAUCGCGCUGCGGACCGCCAACCAGGAGCACCUUUCGGGCGAGGAGGGCGAAAAUGGUUGGGAUUUCGGUCAGACGACUGCGAUAUUGUUGCUGGGCGUCACCAUCAACGAGCUAGUGUCGAAGAGUUUGGGGUUCCAUAAAGAGACCAAGGCACUCAGGCGGGAAGCUCGAGGGUAUAGCAGCCUGCCUGACGCGCUGGCGGCUGAGGAAGAAGGGAAGGGAUCAGUCAGACAAGGCGACUCCAGGGAGGUGAAUUUAAACCAACAACAAGGACAGCAUCAGAGGCAGCAGACCCCGGCUACCAACGGUCGCUGA